AUGAUUGGAAAAGAUAGCGGAGUUAUGAAGGCGUGGGAGGCAACGAUGAGAAAGACACAUGCAGUUGCUAAGAAGCGUGCAAACAGUAUAUUUGGGACGAUAUCUUUGGGACAGGCUGCGGAAGCAGAAGAUAUCCCGGAUGAUUAUGAUGACAAAGAAGAUGAGAACGAGGUGUAUGACGUAUACCUUGAAGAGAAGGUUCUAGCUAAUGGGGAUUACUAUACGGGGGAAUGGGCAAAUAACUACCCACAUGGGCUAGGGAAAUACUUGUGGACCGAUGGGUGCAUGUACGUUGGAGAUUGGUUCAAGGGGAAAACUAAGGGAAAGGGUAGGUUCAGUUGGCCUUCAGGGGCCACAUAUGAAGGGGAGUUCAGGAGUGGUUACAUGGAUGGGACGGGGACUUACACGGGGUGUAAUGGGGAGACUUAUAAGGGGCAGUGGGUGCUGAACUUGAAACAUGGUCAUGGUUUUAAGAGUUAUGCCAAUGGGGAUUGGUUUGAUGGAGAGUGGAGGAGGGAUUUGCAAGAUGGGGAGGGGAGGUAUGAGUGGAAGGAUGACAGCCAUUAUGUGGGGGAAUGGAGAAAUGGGACUAUUUCGGGUAAAGGGAAAUUUGUUUGGGCUAAUGGGAAUGUGUUUGAAGGGUUUUGGGAAGAUGAUGUACCAAAGGGGAAUGGGACUUUCAAGUGGCCAGAUGGAAGUUAUUAUGAGGGAAAUUUCUGCAAGGACAGUAAGGAUCAGGAUGGGACAUACCAUCCAUGUGAGUCAGCAGAUGGGGAAGGGCCCAGUGAGUGGGAUCCUCAGGAGCUGUAUAAUGAGUUAAGUGCGUAUGUGGUUUGCCCUGGAGAGAAGGUUCAGGUUAUGCCAUCACAUAAGAGGCUUGCGGUUUGGAGGUCUACAAAGUCGGAAAGUGCUAAAAAUAGGAGAAUGUCAGUGGAUGGAAGGGUGAGUCUUGGCUUGGAUAGAGGUGAUAGGUUGCAAAUGUGGGAUGCUGUGGAUAGUGAUGCUAGUAGUGUUAAAACUCCAACCAUGGGGAGUGAUCUCGAGGAAGAUUUGACGGCUUUACGUGUGGAAGAUGUUGCUGAAAAUUUGGGUCAACUCCAACCUCUGAGAGCACCCAAGAAAGCAAAGAAGCAGGGAGAGAUCAUUUGCAAAGGACACAAAAAUUAUGAGCUCAUGCUCAAUUUGCAGCUCGGAAUUAGGCAUUCUGUAGCGAGGCCUCCCUCAGCAUCUGAUGUUAAGCCUGCAGCUUUUGAUCCCAAGGAGAAAAUAUGGACAAGAUUUCCACCCGAAGGAUCCAAACAUACUCCACCACAUCCAUCGUGUGACUUCAAGUGGAAGGACUAUUGCCCGGUAGUUUUUAGAACUCUUAGGAACCUAUUCAUGGUGGAUCCAGCUGAUUACAUGUUAUCCAUAUGCGGAAGUGAAGCCCUUCGCGAGCUUUCCUCUCCUGGAAAAAGUGGCAGCUUCUUUUAUUUGACCAGUGACGACCGUUACAUGAUUAAGACAAUGAAGAAAGCUGAAGUGAAAGUUCUAUUGAGACUGCUUCCAUCCUAUUAUAAUCACUUUCGAGACUACAAAAAUACUCUUUUGACAAAAUAUUAUGGCCUGCAUUGUGUGAAGUUAAAUGGAACUAUUCAGAAGAAGGUUCGGUUUAUCAUAAUGGGUAACCUCUUCCGUUCUGAGUUUAUCACCCAUAGACGCUAUGAUUUGAAGGGUUCUUCACUUGGACGCACCUCAGAUAAGCCUGAGACAGAAAUUAGUGAAACCACUAUCCUUAAGGAUCUGGAUCUUAAUUUCAUAUUUCAACUGGAGAAGUCCCAAUUUGAAGAAUUUUGCAGACAAGUUGAUAAGGACUGUGAGAUUCUGGAACAAGAGGGAAUUAUGGACUAUAGUCUUCUAGUGGGCAUUUAUUUCAAAGAUAUUUCGCCAGAUGGGGAAAUUAUUCCGAUCCAAGCUCGGACCCCUGUUGGACCCUCUUGCUUUCCAGCUUCUGGUGAUUCAGAAAAUGAAGGAACUCCCCCAACCUCAAGUGAAGACACAAAUGAACCUCCUUCUGAUUCUUCCAGUGUCAUAUUGGGUGUGAAUAUGCCAGCAAGGGUUGAAAGGACGGUGAGAAGAAGUGGUUGCGAACUACAGCUUAUAGGAGAACCAAUUGGAGAAUUCUAUAAUGUUGCGUUGACUUUUGGUAUCAUAGACAUACUUCAAGACUAUGACAUUAGCAAGAAGCUUGAGCAUGCUUACAAAUCCAUUCAAUAUGACCCGACUUCAAUAUCAGCCGUUGAUCCUAUACAAUAUUCAAGGCGUUUUCGUGAUUUCAUACUAAGAAUAUUCACUGAAAACUCAUGA